CUCGCGAGCUGGCUGCGGCACAUUGUGACGUGCCCGCGGGUGCCGGCGGCGAGACCAGGACAGUGGUGCGGCAGAGCCCUGGGAGCUAUGGCCGAGACGCAGGAGGAGCUGCUGCUGCAGCUGCAGAAGGACAACCGCGACGGGCGCCAGCGGAACCAGGAGCUGGAGGAGCUGGUGCGCGGGCUCCAGGCGGAGAGCGAGAGCCUCACGGGGCGCCUGCAGGGCCUGCGGGAGCGCGAGCGCAGCCUCCAGCGAAGGAGAAAUCAGGUGGCGCGGACCGCGAGGGGGGAGGCGCGCGAGGCGGCCCGGAAGCGCGCGGAGCGGGUGUGCGAACUGCUGGAUGCGGAGCAGCACCGCCAACAGAAGCUGGAGCGUCACAACCGGCAGCUGCAGGAGCAGUGGGAGGAGCUGUCAAGUCAGCUCUUCUACUACGGAGGAGAUAAGCGGAGCCGGCAAUCCGAGGGCCAGCAGUUCGAAACCCAACUAGUGGCAUUGCAGAAACAGCUGGAGGAGAUGGAGGCCAGGCACAGCGAGCUGGUGGAGGGCCUGCGGCAGGGCACGCAGCGGAUUCAGGAGACCUGGGCCAACUUCCAGGAGCAGAGUCAAGUGCUACAGGUGCGGCCCCCCGCCCCUUGGAUCCCGCUGAGGCCUCCACCCUGCCCAGGGCGGCCCGGCCCGCCCCCAGCCAGCCCACAGGGCUCGCUCCCGCCCCUCCAGGAGCUGCAGGGGAAGGUGAUGAAGGCGGCGGCUGCGCUGGACGCCUCUCGCGGUGGCGCCGAGCUGGGCAACUCUCAGCCUCGCCGGCUGCAGGACUGCGCGGGCUCGCUCAUGGAGGAAGUGGCCAAGGCGGACUAUGAGAAGCGGUGGUUUCGCCGCGCGGGCGCGGCGGGCAUCGGGCUCUGGGCCCUGGGCGCGCUGCAGUCUCUGCUCCUGCUCCCGCUCGGCGUCCUGGUUUUGCCGCUGCUGCACCUGGUGCUGAUGAGCCCCGACGCUUUGCGCCGGGGCUUCCCGCAACUGUGCUCGGAAACCACCCUGCGCCGCCUGCGCUACACGCUGUCCCGGCUGCUUGAGCUGCGCACGCGCGGGCUCCUGCCCGCCUAGGGCGCAUCACGCGGGCCCUGCCAUGUGCACUCUGUCUCGCGUGUGGUUUCUGGGUGCCCCCGGGGUAAAGGUGCGGGGGCGGAUGACGACCAGGGCAGCGCUUAGGGGUCCGUCUCCGCCUCUGCGUGCGCGCGCCGAGUCUUAGCGGCUGAGCGCAAUAGGCCGCCCGCAUCUGCGACCCCCACCGGCGACGCGCCUGCUGCGGCCAAGUCGGAGGGGUCGACUUCUUAGAACUCAACCUGCUCGGGACUCGGCGCGGCGCCCGCAGGCCAGGCAGAGCAGCGUUGGGGGGACUCGGCCCGAAUGUCGCGGGCCUCUCUGGGUGUCGUCCUGGAGUGUGUGCCCCUGAGCACUGCGCGGGGGAGUCGUCCUUUUUAUGUAAGAUAUUCCAAUUUCCAAUUCGUGGGAACAAUGA